CACUCUCUGACACACUGCUCUCCAUAUGGCGUAAACUUGAUGCCUGACAGUGCAAGCAAAGCAAGCACCCCACUUUUCUUUUAUCUUCCUCCCCCAAACUCACUGUGUUUUCCCCUCUCUCUCUCUCUCUCGCUUUCUUUUUUUUUAUUUUUUAAGUAAUCCAUUGUGUUUUCCUCUCUUUCUGUAAGAAAUCUGCUUUCUUUUCCCUAUAUGCUGUCUUUUUUCUUUCUUGCCUCCACGCUAUUUCUAUAAGCCCUUGUUUAGUGCUUCGCUAGCAAAACCCACCUCCAAAAAAAACACAGCCUCUCUCUCUCUCUCAAACACCCCCCCCCCCCCCUCUCUCUAGUUUACAUUCCAAAUCUCCCUAAGUCUACCUUGUGAGACAAAACUUCUGUCCUAUCCUAAAACCUUACCUUCAACACAUAUGGAAGGUGCUUAAAGCUCCAGAUUUGGAUCACAGAGAGAUUGAUGUGGGUAUGCCAUUUAGUUUCUCCAACAUUUCUUGCGGUUUCCAUUACUAGUGAAAAGAAGAACACAGAAAGCUUACUAGCUAGUCAUCUACCUCCAUCCACCAUUUUCUCUCUCUUGGUGUUUGACCAUCUAUCUCAGACUCACUCACUCUCCCUCUCUCUCUCUCUCUCAAAGCUACUGCAAUUUAGUUACUUCGUUUGCAAUUCCUCACAGUGGAUUUUGUUUUUUUGGGUUUCUUAGAUAAAUAGGUUAUAGUUUGUAUUUGUUCUUAAACGUGGACAAUUGUCGAGAAAACUCCUGAGUUCAAGAAAGCAACCACUUUUAACACCAAUCAUUUAGUCUCCCUAAUUAUCCUGUCUUGUUCCUUCUUUUUUGGUCAGCGAAAAAACAGCCAGACAAACUAAAAUAACAACCAAAAAAGAAGAGAGAAAACAAGAAAUGGAACUUUCAAGUCAUGAAGGAGAAAUCCCAAUCCCGAUAAACAGUGCAUAUGGUGGGGGACAUGGGCACGGGCACAUGAUCCACCAUGAUCCUGCACCCCACAAUAUUCACAUCAUGCCUUCAUCAGCACCACAGAUCUCCUCCAAUGGCCCCCCAUUACCCACAAGCCUGGAGGAACAUAUGCCCUACAAGAAAGUGGUGAGGUACAAAGAAUGCCUCAAGAACCAUGCAGCAGCAAUGGGAGGGAAUGCCACUGAUGGGUGUGGUGAAUUCAUGCCCAAUGGUGAAGAGGGUACUAUAGAAGCACUCAAUUGUUCUGCCUGCAACUGCCACAGAAACUUCCACAGAAAAGAAGUUGAGGGUGAGCCCUCUUCGUGUGACUGCCACCAUAGCCCACAUCUCAACAGGGUUGGAAGGAAAUUCAUCUUUGGCCAUCACAAAAAUAUACUACCGCCUGAGGCCCUAGGGUACCCUACAGCUACAGGUACCUUUAUAUCUUCAAGACCAGGAGCGCCCCACCAAAUGAUAAUGCCCUACAACAUAGGAUCCCUCCCGUCGGAGUCUGAUGAGCAGGAAGAUGGUGGAGGUGCAGUCGUGGUCAGGCCUCCGCAGCUUGCAAAGAAGAGGUUCAGGACAAAGUUCACACAGGAACAGAAGGAGAAAAUGCUGAACUUCGCUGAGAAAGUCGGGUGGAAAAUCCAGAAGCAGGAAGAGGCUGCGGUGCAACAGUUCUGCCAAGAGAUUGGAGUCAAGAGAAGAGUCCUCAAGGUUUGGAUGCACAACAACAAGCACAAUCUAGCCAAGAAGAACCACCCCGCUCCUUAAAGUUAACACCAUAUAUAAUAACAUUAAUAUAUAUAUAUAUAUAUAUAUAUAUAUAUAUGUGGUUCUCUUGGUUUUUAAGUCUCUAGUACUACACCAUAUUAUAUAUAUAAUCGUUUUCUUCUGAUCUGUGGGUACGUUAUUAGAAUAGUACUGAUUAUGCAAUAGUUUUGGGAAAUUGAGUUUAAUUAAUGGUAGAGUUUGAGUAGUGGGUGAUUUGUUCUUGUUCAAUCCCUACGCUGUAGGCCGAACUGUUCGAGAUGUUCGCUCUGUGUCUGAUCAGAUACAGUACUGAUGUAUCCAAUUUACUUUUAAGGAAAAGCUUCCUAAUUUACGAAUA